AUGCUAAUUCUUCCCAUUAUUGAUCGAACCAAUCUCACUAAUUCGAUCAAAGAUGGAUUAAAAACCUCCUGAAAAAAUUAUAUAUAAAUUUUUAUUAACUUGAUAUUAUUUUUUUCCAAAUAAAAUAUUUUAUACGCAACCACAAGAAAUUGAUUAUGAAUAUAUAAGUAAAUAUGCUAGAAAUCAUAUUAUAAUUUCUGCAAGAGCAAUUUACGAUAUAAUCUUUAAUAUUCAUAGGCAGGGCAGGGAAUUAGGUUUGAUACAGGAUGAAAAAUUUAAAACUAUGCCAUUUGAUCAAUCAUGGGAGGGAGUAAGGGUAGCAUUUGCAGGAGCUGGAGCAUAUAUGGUAUAUCCUUUAUAUGACAAUAAAAUCACAAUUCAUCAUGCAGACACUCCUGAAAACCGAGAUUUAAUACAAUCAGUGCCGAGCCUUUCACAAGGUGCAUUUUAUCCAACACCUUGACUAUCGUCAGGUUCACUUCAAACGAUAUAUGGAAUUGGAGCUAAAAUUUUAAAUGAAAAGCUAGAAGUACUAAGCGGGCCUAAUUAUGACAGAGAAAUACUGACACUUGAAUGCGGCGGCACUAUCUCCAUUGAUUGGGUGCAUUCAGAAAAUUUGAAACCUGACAGCAAAGUUUUGAUUAUUGUGCCUGGGCUUACUGGAGGUAGUGAAGCUUAUUAUAUUCAAGAUUUAGUCCAUUUAGCUCAAUCUAAAGGCUUUCGAGUUGCAGUUUUCCAUGGGAGAGGAAUAAGUGGAACCCCUCUUACAGUAACUUCUAUUUAGACUCCAAGGGCAAAUCAUUUGGGACUUCCUAGUGAUUUAGACUUUGCAGUUAACACCAUUCAUUCUCGAUACCCUGAGGCACAUCUUGUAGGAUUAGGAACUUCAAUGGGUGCAAAUUUAAUAUUGAAGUAUGCUGGUGAGCUAGGGAAUGAGUGCUUAUUAAAAGGGAUUUCAGUAAUAUCAGCCCCUUUUGAUGUUGUGUCUUGCAGCAGGCAUUUGAGAGCGAACUAUUCACUUGCAUCAAUAUCAGAUCGUUAUCUGACUAAAGGUUUGACUGACCUAGUUCGAAGCCAUACAAAUUUCCAUGACCAUUGGGAAAAGUUAGGAAUUGAUAUAAACUCAACAAUGGAAGCUACAAGGACUUUUGAGUUUGAUAAAACUUUUACAGUUAAGGUUCUGGGGUAUCAGAACCCAGAAGAGUAUUAUGAUGAAUUUAGCUGCCACAAUGUGUUGCAUAAUAUCACUGUUCCUGUAUUAGCGCUUAGCUCACGAGAUGACCCUGUAGUGGCAAGUGAGUGCAUUCCUUUUAGCUCGUUCAAUUCAAAUCCGAAUUUGAUUUUAGCCUUAACAAGAAGUGGUGGGCAUGUAGGCUGGUUCACGGGAAUGAGGACGCCAGUUCGAUGGUACUCUUAUCCAACACUGGAGUUUUUAGACACAAUACUUGAAAAAACUAUCCUGGGCUAUGAUAUUUUUCAUUAUUUAAUAUCUAUAUUUAAUUGAUAAAGCAAGCCAAAUUUAUGUGCUUAAAUUGAUUUGUUUGGACUAUAUAGCAAAGUCAAGUAUAAAUAA